AGGUUCAAGUAUCUAAGAAUAUUUGUAUGAUAUCGCCUUGUUAUUAGCGACUCCAACAGCUAAUAAAAUUUGACUAUUAGCGGUUGGAGCCGCUAAUAACAAGGUGAUAUAAGAUGCGGGAUCGGUUUGUCAGCUAAUAACAGAGACAUAUUUAACAUCGGUUUAUUCGCUAAAAUAGCCAAUGAAGACGACCCCAGUGUGAGACAACGACCACAGUUAUAGUUAGAAUCAAGUGAAGAGAACAGUUUUCAACUGUCAACCCUUUCGUGCACUCUCUCGCUCUCCAUUCUCUUCAUGUCCAGGAAUUCAAGUUGAUUGAAAUGGUGGUUUUGAAAAGCGUGAAAACUAUACCACCCGUUUUGGGGAUUGUUUCUAGUGUGUGACGUCACCAAUGCAGCAACGGAUGACAAUGUCUUUUAGCAAAAGUGGUGCCUCGGUUGGUAGCACACGCACGCACAAAUUGUAAUUUGAUCCUAGGGCCGAUCAGUCGUCCAGCAGCAACAGGAAAUGUCGCUGUUACCGUCACCAAGCGCGCCUACUGGUUGCAACUACACCUGCAAAUUGUACUUUGAUCCUAAAGCCGAUCAACCGUCUACAGGUGGCUAUUUGAUUACGGAUGAAGAGCUUCGCCAAAAAUUGGCAAACUUAAUUGACACCGAAGAAAGGAUCCAAAAGGCCUCCGUCUACAGCAAUCCGCUUUCUUCGUUGCAAGCAACGAACGCACUGCUUUAUCACGCGUUUAUUGUAAUAGAAACGAACGAUUGGUGGUGGUCGAUCGAGAAAAACACCGAAGGCAUCACGAUUCAACGCUCAAAGAAUCUCAAGAGUGUUCGUGACAUGUACCAAAGGAAGAAACGGACGACUGGUUGGACUUCGUUGACAAGCAUCAGGAAUAAUAAAACAGCGCAAGGUGGGAAUACAACAAUCAGCGAACUCAUCAAUUACGUUUGGAGGAAAGAUUGCGUCACCAACGUUUACCACGUCCUUAGUGCGAAUUGCCAAGGAUUUGCUGCUUUAGUUUUUGACCGUAUCAGAUCGCCACACAACGAUCUAAUGUAUUUUGAUGAGGCUGCCGAUCAACAGCCUUCUACAACAAGUAUAGUUGCUACAUGAGCGUGGAUUCAGUUUUGAAUCAAGUUGAACGUUUAAGCGCUUCAGAGACUUUUACGAAAAUAGAGUUACAUAAAGUGCCAAUGGAUUCAUUGAACAUUCCCGAUUAUUUCACGCAAAACGCUGUGGUUUCAGAUCUUGUGGGAAACACGGUAAUGACAAGUGCAUUCGCAAUUUUUGUUGGUUUAGACCCAGUCGCAAUUCCCGUCCUCCUUGCUGGUACUUACCUGGCAAGAUUGCUUAUGUAUUCACAUUAUUUUGUGAUUUUUGAAACGAAUAAUGGAAUUUACUGGUCGCUCGAUCGGUUACCUAAUCGUUUCACCAUACAGCGAUCCAGAAAUAAAGCCACUCUUUUAAAAGAAUGUCAACGCAUUUCACGCGACUCCUCGUUGAUAGCAGCAAAAAGGUACAAGUCAGCUGACGCCAAAGCGAAAACGAUGAACGCCGUAAUGAUAUUUAUUUUAAAGAAUUGCCCCAAUAAGAAUCAAAUAUAUCAUUUGCCACCAGAGCAUUGCGGUACUCAAGCAUGUAGGGUCUUCGAUCAUUUUAAACUGAAAUAACUUUUUAGAAGAUUUUUCUGUUUGAUUCCUGUUUUUGCAAUCGCCCAGAAAUCGUGUACGCACCAUCGUUUCCAACGGUCAUCAAUACAAUCUAUAUGACUAUU